GGCCACCCCCCUUCCCGCGGACGGCUCGGCGCCCGGGCCCGGGUCGCCGCCUUGGACCCCGGCCCCGGCCAGCCCCUCUCCCAGCCCCCACGGCAGGGAGGGAGGGAAGGAGAGGGAGGGCGCCAGUGAGCGAGGGAGCCGGAGCGGGGCGCGAGCAGCCACUGGUUCGCUUGGAAACGGUUGUCACAGCAACGGGGUUUCGCUCCUCGGUAACGCGACUGUGGGGCGGCGACACCCUCUCCCAGCCCUCCCCCACCCCAUGCGGGGCCUCAGCCCCCGGGCACAGGAGGAGAGGGGAUGCGGGGACUACCCCUCUCAUGGUUGGGGCGGGGGACUUCGCCCCUCUGGCCCGUUUGGGUGUGCCUGCCUCCACAACCCGUCGAGGGUGGGGGUGGGGGUGAGCGCACCUUGGAGCAAGAUUUGGCUCCCACGUGGCUGCAAUCGUCGCAGCGGGGCCCCUGGGGUGGCAAAGGUAGGGGGGCCCUGGCAGGAAGAGGCAUGGAAGCUGGAUCCGGAUCCCGCCACCCCCACCUGCCUUUGAAAUGGCCCAACCCGAGCUGGGUACCCCAUAGAUGAUGUUUCUUACCAGGGGAGAGGACAGAAGCUCGAAUCUCUCGUCCUCCUGGCCAGGGCAUGUGCCAAAUGUGGCUGGGGCCGGUGGUGGGUCUGUACUACUCAUUCCAAGCCACCUUUCUGCAGGGAGGGGUGGGAGCAGCGUGUGCAGGGGCAGAGGAAAGGACUUUGCUGACCCGGGCCAGAUGGGAGCACCCCAGCCCAUUGUCUGGAUCACAGGUGUCCCUAUCUUAUCUGAGCACAAAGCCCAAACUGUGCUGGGUGGCAUGCAGGUUGGCCGCAGGCUGGCCAGUGCCACAUGGAGAUGCUCUGACCCAGGGAGCUCCUCUGGACAGAGAAUGGCAGCAGAGUCAGAGGAAAUGACCUCUGGCUCCCACCCAACCUCCCCUCAGUGUCAAUGUGCUGGGGAGAGAAAUGGCCCUCCAGCCAGCUCUCCUGGGUCUGACUCAGCAGAUGCCGUCCCCUACUGACCGCAGGCCUCUACCACAACCGCCACCCCUGGCUUUCCCUUCCCACCCAGGGUGGUGUCCUGGGCACCAGAAGUGACCAUUACCCUGGGCAUUGAGACGUUGGCAUAGAUGUCCAUGGAUGAGUGGUGCCCUGAGCCAGGCCCAAGUCUCCUUCCCACAGACAGUAGGCCUCUGGAAUGAUUCACAGGCCCUUUCAUUCUCUUUCUGCUUGGGGGUGAGGGCUCUGCAUCCAUUAUUCCUAAUCCUUACAACAGUUUUGCAAGGUAAGUUUAUUACCCCAUUGUAGCAUUGAAGAUUCCUGAGGCUCAGGGAGGUAGUGACUUGCCCGAGGUCACACAACCAGUCAGAGUGGAGCUAGGUUUCCAGGGCUGGUUCUGCUGGCAUCACCCCUCUGCCUGCUACACAUCUCUUGUGAGCCAGGCAGGAAAGAACUGUGGAGCUUUCUAGAGGAACAGCCUUAGCCUUCUUUCACAUUCCUCCAGUGAGCAAAUGCGGUCUUUCCUGCCUUGGUGCACCUUCUUCCAGAAAUAGCCAGAUUUUGCUCCCUGAGAUGCUCCACAGGACUGGUCUGCUGCCAGGCUGGCUCCCACCCACCCUCCCUCCAUUUUCUCUCUCUGGGGAAGACCAAGCAGUGAGGUUUGCCUCAGUAUCCUGGGAAUCUCCCAAGGUUCUAGUUCUUAGUUUUUGGCCUGAUCACAGAGCAGCUGUGGGAGAAGGAAUUUAGCAAAGAAUGACCUAUGUAGUGCUGGCCCUUGUGGGUGCUCAGUCUAGCUCAGUGGUUGGAGACCCAAAUGCCCUGAGGGCCCAGGGUGGGGAGUGCCAGGGAGCUACUGAGCUGCAGUCAACGUCACCAUGUGAGAAUGUGGACUAGGUAUAACCAGACUGUCCAAUUUUCAAGAUGAGGCAAAAAUCCAGACUUUCAUGUAAAAACUCCUGGUUUUUAAAUGUUGGCAACUAAAUAUUUUUUAAAAAAUUGAUUGUGGACCAACAAAACACAUCCAUGAACCUUGUUCAGCCUGUGAGUCACAAGCUGAGACCUCUGGCCCACAGUAAAGUGAUGGCACUUUUUGCCAGACCAUGCCAGGCUUGUGUAGAUGUAGCACCAUGGUGUGGUUUCCACAUAUGAGCCUCUUGAGGCUGCAAGAUGCUGGCAUUUGGUUUGUCACAUGCAGCUCCGUACUCUGGUCUUGAAGUAUUUUCACCUCCCUCAUCUGUUGUGUUCCUCCAUUGUGCUGCCAGGCAGGCGUCAUCAUCCCUGUCCUGCAGGUGAAGAGUCUUCAGCUCAGCCAUGAGAAUAGCUGGCAUAGGGUCACACGGACCCAGCAGGGCAGGGCAGGGAAGAAGCCGGAUUUGAACUCAGGGCUCCCCCAACAAUGCUCUGUGUGUCACACCAGGCCGCCCCUCAGAAAGAGUGGAUCCUCAUCUCCCCCUUCAUCCCCCAAUUUGUAGUCAACUCUCCUUGGAGGGACAAAUCUGAGUAUAGUAGAUACUGACCUAAGUAAGGCCUCUGUGCCCAGAAGCCUCCUGGGGCUCCUGUCUCUGUUGUCCCAUUUGCAGUUCCCCAAGCCUGGGGUUCAUGGCCCAGUACCAUGGUUAGGUCACAGAGAUGCUGCCUACAGGUACUGGUGCCAAGCUCUAGUAGCUGGCCGAGCUGGAAAGGAGGUUGUGGCCAGCUCCAUGCUUGGCUGACUUUGGCAACUGGGACAAUUCCCAUCAUUUCUCUCUGGCCUGAGUUCAUCUGUCUUGGUGUGAGAGGAGUGUAAAAAUGUCACCAGUGCCUUCUUGCCAGGACAGUGGACUUUGCAGUCACUGGACUUCACAGUGUGGGCCUAAGGCAGCCCCAGCUUCUUGUCUGUAGAAUGGGGAUGGCAGCAGCCACCCUCUGGGUGUCACUGAGAUACUGAAUACAAAGAGGCUAGCAGUGAACCUGGCAUGUGCAAGGGCACGCAGGACAUGUUAGCAGCCUCUUUCUUUUCUUUUUUUUUUUUUGCUAUAAAGCAUUUUUAACUUUCUUUUUUAUUGAAUUAUUGGAGUUACAUUAGUUAAUAAAAUUAUAUAGGUUUCAAGUGUACAAUUCUAUAAUACAUCACCUGUAUAUGUGUUCACCAUCCAAAGUCUGAUCUCCUUCUACCACCUUUUAUCCCCUGUUUACCCUCUUCUACUGGCCACUACCCCCUGCAGCCACCGACUUCCACCUCAUCCUCACUCCUCACACACACUCGGCUCCCUCUCUCCUCUGUCCCCUGGUCUGAGUCCCUGUCCCUUCACUUGAUUGGUACCUUUGGCCUCACAUGCAAGGAACCUCAUGACCCAGAACCCCAACUGCUUGGGGUCUCCUCUACCCACAGCAGAGAGUGGCAAAUGCUUCCAUGCAUAUUUCCUCUAUGAGGACAGAGAUGUAUGGUCCUCAGCUUGCUUAUAAAACAACCUGCAAGGACCAAGAGCUGGGUGAUGGCCUCUCUCUGUGACAUUUUGAGGAAUGGCUCUCAUUCCCCAGGAAUGAAUUGGAUGCAGACCCAGCUCUUGAGGCAUUCCUUGUCCCUACAGCUAAAAGACCAAAUAGGUAACCGGACACCUCCAGUCACUCCUCCAGCAAGUGGUUUUUUAGCUACUGUGAACCAGGUGAUAAGGACAGAUGCAGCCUCGGUGUUGGACAUAGGCCUAUAGAACACUGUUAUAUCAUUGGGCUUCUUAUCCAGCCUUGGAGGUGAGGUGGCUCAGGGCUGACUUGUCCCGGGAAGUGACAAGUGAGGCCGUGAAGCUGAGUAGUGAGUGCUGGGGCAAGAACAAUGAGGAUGUAUUACAGACCCCUUGGAGAGAGAAAGCAGAACUGUAGGCAGUGCAGAAUGGAGCCCUGAGAGGUAAGGCUGAAGAGAUCUUGGCUGGAGCUCAUCUCAGAGGCCAUGAGCUAGGUUAGUGGUUCUCAAAGUGUGUUCCCUGGACCAGCAAUGCCAGCACUUGCUGGGAAUUUGUUAGAAUUGCAAACUCUUAGGCCCCCAUCCCAGACCUGGGGGUGGAGCCCAGUACUCUGUUUUAACAAGCCCUCUAUGUGGCUCUGGUGCUUACUCCAGUUUGAGAGGUUCCCAUCUAACUGUGUUAAAGAGCUGGACUGUCUCCUGAGGCAGUGGGGAGUUGUUGGAGGGUUCAGGCCAGAGAGGGCCCUGGGAAAAUGGGCAAUGUGGAGAGUGGGCAGGCUGGGCAGGAACACAGCACAGAAGUAGAGACCAUGGUAAUAGGGGCCUACGUGAGAGAUGCUGGUAGCCUGGCCAAGGCAGUGGCAGGGGAACCAAAGGAAGUGGACAGAUGAAAACACACUACACUGAGGGUGAAAACAACAGGAUUUAGUGGAUAGAGUAACUGGUGGGUCCUUUGCUGAGAUAAAGGACCCAGUAGCAGAUCUUUGGGGUCUGAAGUUGGGAGCCGGGGUUCUUCAACCUACAGGGGUACAGUAGGUCCAGAAUGAGACAUCUAGGUGACCUUGGGUGUCAUUUAAUCUCUUUGAGCCAAGUGUUCUCAUCUGUCAAAUGGGAAAAGUGCUAACGGUUCUCAGGAUGACUGCGAGAACGGCCUGUGGGAUCCAGCCCUUGGGCAGGAACGCCUUGGGGACACUCACAUCUCUGCACCCCCAGCUCAGAAGCCUUGAAAAGCACUAACAUUUGUUGAGCGUCUCCAAGUCCUUUGCACAAAUUAGCUCCAUCUUCACCGUGGUCAUUGAGGAGGACACUGAGGCGACACGGAGUUCAAGAAACUCACUGCCCUGGGUCUCUCUUUUACUCCCUCCUGUGCUGCCAGUGAGCAUGUGGCCUCAGAAAACUGUGCAAUCCAAUGUGCUCACAAACUCUACAAAUAAAUCAAGAUGGAAUCCUAAAAAAAAUGUUCAAAUAACCUGCAAAAAAAGGUAAGAAACGAGAAAGAGGAAACGAAACAAAUCAUAAAAUGACAGACUUAAGGAUGAGUCCAUCUGAACGCACUACUCCUAGCACAGCCAGAGGCAGCCACAGAGCAGGGAUUUGGUGUGAACAGUCUGGAGAGGCUGGGGAAGGUCAGUGUGUACAAGAGGCUGCAGCAGGUCUGCUGGAAGCAUGACAGCGGCCCAAGGAGCAAAGAGCUUGGGGAGCCUUUGAGCAGCGUGGCCUGGUCAGGAAGUGAAUUUGGAAAGGCCUACAAGGAUGUCCUGAUGAUGAUGGAUCGAGCACCUACAAUGGGUGAGAUGAGAUGGCCUGAGAAGAUACUGGGCAGGAGCCAGGCCUCAGGCAGGGUCUCACGCACUAAAACUGAGCCUUGGUGCCAGAGGGUCAGCUCAGCUGUAAGACUUCCUCUCAUGGACACACAGUGGCCUCGUCUAAAAUGCAGCAGUGGUUCCUGCCUCCUGACUGAGGGGCCACAAUGGCACUCAGCUGGUCUUGGCCUGCCCCAGUCUGUUCUAGUGCCCAGCCAGCUGCACUGGGCUCCUGAGGGCAGGGUCUCUGUCCUUUUUUCCUGGUUAACCUGGAGCUGCCAUCAAUUUCUCCUCCACCAUGUAGCCUUUUCCCACUCUUGAGCUGUGGGCUGAGGGCCAAAAGGGCCAGGGCCUUGAUGGGAAGGAGCAGGAAGGCACAUUUUGGCGACAAGCUGGCCAGUGUCCCUGUGGCUGCCAAGUCCUCAUGUACAGGUGCACACGCACCUGGCUUUUCAUAUACAGUUCAGUUGUCAUGUAGGGAAAGGUGUUUUGACACAGACUUUGCAUUCAGACUUGGGCUAAAUCUUAGAUCCCCCCUUAUUAGCUUUGUGACUUGGAGCAAGUUCAUUUCCCUGUCUGAGCUGGUCUCAUCUAUCAGAUGGACUCCCACCCCCAUGAGAAAGUGCUGGUGAAGAUCACACAAGAUUCUGCAUGAAAAGAGCCUAGAACAAGGCCUGACACACAGUAGACAGGCCUUGGUAGCUAGUUCUAUUUCUAAAUGCAGCUAGACAUCACCUCUAGCCACAGAAGUGCCUUUUCUGACCCAGAGCUGUUCUUGCUCUGCAGGCCAAGGGGCCCCCUAGUUAGUAUCAACUUCCUCAGAGCAUUCCUGAAAAUUCCUGUGGGCUCAGGAAAAGGAGAACAACGGAUUUAUUUAACUCCCAGUGACUGGCAGCAUCGUGUUUUUAUCAGGGCUGCGUCGCCAUGGCAGCCUCAUGGCAGGGCUGUGGAGGGGGUGGGUGGAACUAUUGUUCCUGCCAUUGUCUGUUCCGGAAUGCAGGCCCAGGAUAACGGGACUGGCACAGGCACCAAGUGGCACAUGGCACAGGCAGCUGUUUCGUCUGACAAGAGCCCUCUUGGGGUGGCCUGUGCCCUGGCUCCCCCCCAGCGUACUGCCAGACCAGUCUGAGAUGGCUUGAUAUGGAGCCCCCAGGUUGGGGCUCAGGCCCACCAUGGCCCCCAAAGCUGGAUGUGUUCCUUGGACAUGUUGAGGAUAGGGGUGUCCAUGGGGCUCCUGGGAGAGGCCUCACAACAUAGCUCAGGGAGCACUCUUCCACCCCAGGCUAGGGUGUUGUAGUCAGGCUUGGAUUUAAAUUACAGCACGGCCACCUGCUAUCUUAUACAGCUAAUUGCUUCCCCCUUCCUUAUCUUUAAAAUAGGACUAAUUACAGUUACCCCAAAGGGUGGUAUAUGAAAGCCCCUGAGUAAAAGGCAUUCAAGAAGGGCUCGUUUCUGCUCUGCGGAGGUGAUGAACAGUCGCCUGCCAUCUGUCACUCUGCCGUCAGGGUCCCCUCCCACAUACCUCUUAGGAUGCCAGGUUCCCCUCCCAACCCUGGCUGUGGAGAGGAGUUGGGAGGAGAGGGGCCCGUCUGGAGUGAUGCGGGACCAGGUGGUACUAAAGACUUUUCCUCCCCUCUGGGGAAAGGGGAAGGAAUGGAGGGGAAGCGACCCAAUGUCCUGGAGCUAGAAGGGCAGGGCCAAGUGGGACUAAGCAGGAGUAGGAGGUGAAGAAACUGGGAUCUGGCGGAUGGAGGCACAUAGAAGAAAGGAAGAGGGAACAGCUCACGCUGGGAGGGUAUUCGGCGCGGACAAAGGCAGAUAGAUGCAGCGGGGACAACCCGCCCUGAGCUCGCGCUAGAGAACGGCGACCAUCGGGAGAUCGCGGUGCGGGCUGGGAUGUUCCAUGCUUUGGGCAGCCAGGGGUGGGAGCGGGUACAAGACCUAGAGCCCCUGGGGCUGCUAGACACAUGCAUAGGGCUGAAGAUAGGCGCCUGUGGUUGGUUGUGUGCCUCUAGGUGGGCCACCCUUUCCCCGCCGCCAAGCAACCAAGCGGGGCUCAGGGGGUGCGGGUGGCGGGCGAAUCUCCCUUGCGCAGAGGCCCAGUCUGGCCUUCGCGCGCCCCCUGCUGGCCUGCGUGGAGUUCCCUCGGCUCAGCGGCAACGGCCGAAUCUCAGACCCGGGAAAACCCUACCGGGGAAACCUCGAGGUGUGACGUCACCCUCGUCGGUGACGUCACCGCCCCCGGGGAGUGUGGGGGUUCCGGCAAAGGAGGCAUCCCCGGGACUGCACAGGGCACCGGCAGGGAAGUCGUCGGGGGCUGCAGCGCGCCUUCACCGCGCCUUAUGUCUGUCCCAUAGGUCCCGCGCGGCCCCGGGUGAGGCCUGCCCGCUCGCCCGCCGGCACCAUGGGAAGGAGCGGGCACCGGUACUGCUGCCCCCCGCCGGCGCGCGCAGGACUUGAGCCUCGCCGCAGGCAGCCCCCUGCCGCAGGUCCCCAAGUGACGCUGGCGGCUCUUGGGAGCGUGGCGCGGGCCCGGGGCCACGUAGAGGAGCCCAGUGUCCAGUGAAGCUGCCGAGGACCCGCCGCCCGCGCCGCCGCCAUGGUUAUGUCCCAGGGCACCUACACGUUCCUAACGUGCUUCGCUGGUUUCUGGCUUAUCUGGGGGCUCAUCGUCCUCCUGUGCUGCUUCUGCAGCUUCCUGCGCCGCCGCCUUAAACGGCGCCAGGAGGAGCGACUGCGUGAGCAGAACCUGCGCGUCCUCGAGUUGGAGCCCCUCGAGCUCGAGGGCAGCCUGGCCGGGAGCCCCCCGGGCCUCGCGCCUCCGCCACCACCGCACCGCGGCCGCCUGGAAGCGCCGGCGCACGCGCACCAACACGUGCACGUGCACCCGCUGCUGCAUCACGGGCCGGCACAGCCCCACGCGCAUCCGCACGCACACCACCACGCACUGCCGCACCCGCAGCCGCCGCACCUCUCCGUUCCGCCCCGGCCCUGGAGCUACCCGCGCCAAGAAUCGGACAUGUCCAAGCCUCCGUGCUACGAAGAGGCGGUGCUGAUGGCCGAGCCGCCGCCGCCCUACAGUGAGGUGCUCACGGACACCCGCGGCCUCUACCGCAAGAUCGUCACGCCCUUUCUGAGCCGCCGCGACAGCGCAGAGAAACAGGAGCAGCCGCCGCCCAGUUAUAAGCCGCUGUUCCUGGACCGAGGCUACACGUCGGCGCUGCACCUGCCCAGCGCCCCGCGGCCCGCGGCGCCCUGCCCUGCGCUCUGCCUGCAGGCGGACCGAGGCCGCCGGGUCUUCCCCAGCUGGACCGACUCGGAGCUCAGCAGCCGCGAGCCGCUGGAGCCCGGAGCUUGGCGCCUGCCGGUCUCCAUCCCCUUGUUUGGGAGGACUACAGCCGUAUAGAGGGGUGCCUGGCGACCCGAGCCCCAACAGUAGACUCCUGGCCUGACUGAGAGGCUUUUUAAAUACUUCCCUUGGACUGCGGGGGGUGGGAGGGAUUUCUUAUCCCAUUUGUUACAUUUUGAGGAUAAUAAAGGUGUGUGAUCUGGUUUGGUACAA